AUGCAAGCCAUCAAAUGUGUUGUCGUAGGCGAUGGUGCCGUCGGAAAGACAUGUUUGUUGAUCUCUUACACGACCAACGCGUUCCCCGGAGAGUAUAUCCCCACGGUUUUCGAUAAUUACUCUGCCAACGUGAUGGUUGAUGGAAAGACCAUCUCUCUCGGAUUGUGGGAUACUGCCGGCCAGGAGGAUUACGAUCGUCUCCGUCCUCUAUCAUACCCGCAGACCGAUGUAUUCUUGAUCUGCUUCUCGCUCGUCAGUCCCCCUAGUUACGAGAACGUCCGAACCAAGUGGUACCCGGAGAUCUCACAUCAUGCGCCGUCGACCGCCACCGUCCUGGUGGGCACCAAGUUGGACUUGCGUGAAGAUGAGGCGACCAUUGCCAAGCUGCGGGAGCGCCGAAUGGCCCCCAUACAAUACUCGCAGGGUGUGGCGAUGGCAAAGGACAUCGGUGCCGUGAAGUACCUCGAGUGCUCCGCGCUGACGCAGAAGGGUCUGAAAACGGUCUUCGAUGAGGCUAUCCGCGCUGUCCUGAACCCGGCUCCUAAGGAGAGGAAGAAGGACAAGAAGGGCGGAUGCGUUGUUGCAUGA